AUGAACGGAAAAUACGAGGAGGCUUUUGGCGUCUGCCAUUGUCUUUUGAGUUGCCGCGAUCUGUCUGACUAUCGUCGCGCGUUGGUCAGCAUUCUAGCAGCAGCAACCCUCCAGGACUUACAGGAAGAACGUGCAGACGAAAUCGAGCGUCUGGUCAAAGAAGGUCUCGAGUCUCUAGCUACCGCACAUAGACUCUACGCAUUCACCCUCACCAAGGCAGACGUCGAGGAGCGAGAGCACUGGGAAAGCUUCGCAGAAGAAAUCCUCGAAAAGAUUGAAGCGGGCAAAGCGCGACGCAAAGACGAUAAAACGAAGGGAAUCGACUCCGCUCAAGAGUCAAACAUUAGCGGAGUGGAGAAAGAUACCGUGAAGCCUACGAACAUGCUCGACGCCGACAACGAAAGCUUGCAGAUCCCUGAGCGGCAGUUGGCACGGACCGGCUCAAUUCGUGAAACAGAGAACAGCAAGCCUGAGGAGUGGGAUGCGAAGGCCAUCGAUCGGUUCUUUGGUGACGAAGAAACAUUGCCGAAACUUAAGUCGCAGUGGCAAUCGAUGCAAAGCAACUCAGCUGGCGAGGCCGAGGCAAACGAGGGCGCAGACGAUAUCGCAGAUACUACGGAUCUGCGGGAAGAUGUCUAUAAUACACCGCAAUGUCUCAAGUUCCCUGCUCGCCCUCUGACACCUGAGGGGCAGCUGUUGCCGGGCAUCUCCACCCAUAAGGAAGUAGGUGAUGGCUUCGGUGCUGUCAAUGGGAUAUGGGAUUACCCUGAAUUGCCGUCGCCGCCGAUACUGCCGCUGAUGAGCAACUUGGCCGGUCAGGCAGAGGUAGACGAGGAUGAUGAGGACAUCGCAGAGGUUGUGGAUGUCAUGGAGAAGACCAAGGAGUUCAUUGCACGGACUGUGGAUAAUAUCGGCAAGAAUGUGGACGAUAUGGCGAUGGCUGUGGAUGAUAUUGGGAUUACUAAGGGCAGGAUUUGGCAGGCUUUGAGGAAUAUGCAGGAGCUUGUCGAAGAUCUUGCGAUCCCCGUGGGUGCUCGCUGGCGGCGGCAGCAAGACGCUACUACUCCCGAAAAAGUCGGUGUGAAGGCCUAUUCCCUGAGCACAGGUGACACACUCCACUGUCAUCAAGAAGGAUUCCGAACUCGUGAACGCACAGCUGCAACCGACACAUCGCUGCUGAGCCCCAUGCAAGGCAAGGAGAGUAAGGCGCAAGCAACAAAGGCAUUUAUGUACCAUACACCGGGACCAGGAGCGGAGUGUGGGUAUCCGCAGUGGGCAAUUGAUUUUAGUGGCGAGCUGGUACGUAUGCCUAAUCUCUAUCGGCGGCUAUGA